AUGCCCAAAGGCAGCAAAUCGAAAAGGGGUAUCGACAACACAUCAUCCGAUGCAACGAGCAACAACUCCGAUUCAAUUUCGUUUAAUAAAAGGAAAAGUGCGUCGAUUAAGCACCAAUUAAUUGCGUUAAACAAAACACUGUCGUCGCAUCGUCUUGAUGAACUUGAUGAAGCUGAACUUUCUGUCCACAUGGAGUACGUUGAAAGCAUUCACGACAACUUUGACCACGUGCAUUCUAUUCUCGAAGAAGCUGAUCCACGCGAACUAGAUGGAGUAGGCCGAGCAAAAUUUUUCGACGUGUACCUAGAAGUCAAAGCAAAGCUGUCGCGUCAGCUCAAUUCGCAUCGGAAGACAAACGUAAGGCAUUCAUCGACUGCUAGGCAUUUCGCAUUGGAAGAAUCGCCGCCAACGUUAUUCUCAUCGCAAAGAAGGUCUCGCCUUCCUGAGCUGAAAAUACCGAAAUUUAGUGGAGCGUACACUGACUGGCCUAACUUUUUUGCCAUGUUCAGUAGCGUUAUUGACAAGGACCUCGAGUUAAGCAAAGUGGAGAAACUCCAACAUUUACGCGCUAGUCUACAAGGAGCCGCUUUGGAAACAAUUUGCUCGCUAGAACCGGUUGAGGAGAAUUAUGACAAAGCCAUUGCCCUAUUAAAAAAUCGAUUUGAUAAUAAAUUACUUAUUUUUCAGGCUCACAUUAGGGCGAUUAUCGACUUGAAGAGUGUUAAUAAAGGUUCAGCCAAUCGUUUGCGCGAAUUGUGCGACAAUUUUAAUUUCCAUCUUCGUGCACUUAACACCAUGGCAACACCAGAACAAAUAUCGGAUGGUUUGCUCAUACAUCUUGUUACUAGAAAGUUCGAUCAGAAGACGCAGGAGAAGUGGGAGGAGGACUUGCCCAUGCAGACACUGCCAACUUUGAAUUCAAUGACCUCAUUUCUGGAGAAGCGGUGCCGAAUUAUGGAAAAUUUGGAAGGUGCUACGCAAACACUUAGCAACCAGAUCGGUAAACAUUCGAAUGCAAACAAAGGUAUGAGAAACGCUUUGGUAGCAUCCUCAAGUAGCUCUAGCUUUUACAUAUUUUGCGAUUCGAAAGAACAUUACAUAAAUAGCUGUUUAAAAUUUUUAAAUUUGUCGCCGAAUUUGCGCUACAAAGAAGCUAAGCGAUUGCAACUCUGCUUAAAUUGCCUACGCAAGGGUCAUAGUUUACAACGGUGUAAGUCUGGGCAUUGUCGUCAUUGCCCAGGCAAACACAAUUCGCUUCUCCAUAUGAACCCGCAUACCUCGUCUAUAUCCCCGUCUUCAAACCUACCAACAAUUGAAGCUACAGCCACUUCACAGCAAACACUCAUUUCAUCGUUAACUUCAAGUACAGUCGCUCAAGCCCCAAAAUCGGGCGCCAAUAGUAAUGUGUUGCUUGCUACAGCUAUACUUUCAGUCAAAAAUCGUUCAGGUGACUUCGUUCCAUGUCGUGCUAUUCUCGACUCGGCCUCUCAAAUAAAUUUUGUAACCGCUCGCUUGGCAAAUAUGCUGCAACUUCCAUUCAAACAAUGUGCAAUUUUGAUUUCCGGUAUCGGCGAAUCAAACUUUGUUGCCGACAAAGAGAUUGACGUUUUCGCACAGUCGCAAGAUAAAGGCUACAACACUUCGUUCACUGCUGUGGUCACACCUAGUAUUACAGAUUAUCGACCUAACUUCAGCCUUUCUUCGGAAUGGAUAAUACCGUCAAACAUUAAUCUAGCAGAUCCAUUAUUCUUUAAACCCCAGCGCAUUGACUUGCUCAUCGGCGCGGGUUUGUUUUUUGAUUUGAUGUGCGUUGGCCAAAUACGCAUUGCUAGUAACUUGCCAUUACUGCAAAAAACUCGACUGGGCUGGGUUGUCGCUGGUGGCGUUUCAUACACCAACAAACAAUCAUCCUCACUCGCUGCCUGCAGCAAAAACGUAUUUGAACAUCAACAUAAUAACUCAUUGAACGAUAUCGUAAAACGAUUCUGGGAAAUAGAGAAUUGCUUCGACUCUACUCCCCCUCCAUCUAAAGAAGAUGACUGGUGCGAGCAGCAUUUCAAGAAAUAUUUCUCUCGACUUACUUCGGGAGAGUAUUCAGUGCGUUUGCCAACAAAAACAGGUUUUAGCGAUCUUGGCGACUCAUACAAUCGUGCUCUUCGCAGAUUUAAAAGCUUAGAGCGAAAAUUGGAAAAUAAUCAUAACUUAAGAACUCAAUAG